AAAGAGGAUUACAUCUUCAGGCAGCUUAGCUUGGUUACCUCACAUUAAGAACAAGGUUAAGGAGCUCUUUUGUCUCCAGCAGCCAUUUGUUUGCCCAUUGUGGAGCUCAGAAGGACUGUACUAAUGAACUGAAAAAGAAAUUCAGCAACUUGUAGAACAGUGGAACUAGAUGCUAAAAAUGCUUCUUUAUUGGUGAAACCAAUGCAUUUUGGCCCAUAGCCUUCAUCUCACACAAGGGAUAAUGGAGGGGAUGUUAGGUGUCGAUGUGUUGAUGUACCCUGAUGGACUGAUAAUUGCUACUCCAGAGGAUAUUAGGCAAUGGGAGCUGGAGAGCGCCAACCAGGUUCCUCAAGAACCCACUGUCCGGCUCUUUGUGGCACUUUUCCCAUACAACCCUGCUGCGAUGUCCCCAAACCCUGAGACUGCCGCGGAGGAGCUUCCAUUUGUGCCAGGUCAGAUCAUCAAGGUGUUUGGAGAUAAAGACGAUGAUGGUUUCUAUCACGGGGAGUCUGGUGGCCUCUCUGGCGUCGUACCUAGUAAUAUGGUGUCUGAGAUCCCAGUGGAGGAUGACUACCUCAAGCAUCAACUUAUACAGCAGGGUUUCCUGCCAGUCGACCACACAUGCACAGAUCCCAGUGAGGAAUCCAGCGUGCUGGAUGACUUGGUUGUGCGAAGAAUGGUAGCCAUCUUUGAGUAUGAUCCUUGGGAAAGUUCCCCGAACAUGGAUAGCGAUGCUGAGCUUGCGUUUCGAGCAGGGGACAUAAUAUAUGUGUUUGGUGAUAUGGAUGAAGAUGGAUUCUACUAUGGGGACCUUCAUGGCCUGAGAGGUCUGGUGCCAUCCAACUAUCUGGAACCAUUACCAUGGGAAUAGAAUAAGCAAGGAGCAUUGCUUAGGUGAAAUUAUGCCAAGAAUCUGAAUCAUGUUCUAAGGGUAUCUGAGGGGAUCUUGUUUUACUGUGUCAAAGAUAAAGAUUGUCAUAUUUUUUCUUCUGCAUGAAUGGUUGUGGAUGCAUAAAGUUCCUCCAGGAUUUUUAACAAGCAUGGAUUAGGGUUGCAUGAGGUGUGUACAGAACAUCAUGCACAAUAAUCUCUUGACAGAUGUGGUUCUAUCCAGUGAAUCUUGUGAAUUCUAUACCUUUUUGUUGGACGUUUUAGUUACUGUAAGAUUGGCCAAAAUAAUAGAUACAUAAUAAUUUACGUUUGUCAACAAGGGUAUUGUAGCCUUAAAAGUAUUAUUGCUUCACUGACAAGAAUGUAUGCUGUUGUUAGGUCAACAACUGCCUUAUUUUAUCAUUCGCUUUAGAUAUGACCCAUGCACAUUUUCUAGUGAGAGCUGUGAGGAAUUCCUCCUGAAAGAGAAUAUUGUGUCUCUGGUAGAAAUAUUUAUAUAAAAUAGACUUUUGUAUGAUGUACAGUUUUUUAAUGACCAACAGAGAUUUUGUCAGGGCACAGAGCACAUGGAAUGAAGACUUGAAUGCAGAAUUUAUCAGUAAUACUAAAUAUUUAUUGUCUGAAAUUUUUUUUUUCUUCUUGUUCCUCUGUCCUCUUGUUAGCAGGUUUAAAAUUACAGAUUUUGCAUUGUAUUGAAAUCAGAUGCUGAACACUAAAAUAUUCCUAACUUCAUAACCACUUUUACAGCAAGUGAUGAUCCUACAAAUUUCUAGAUUUGUAGAAUUACCAUAAACCAUGAAAAGUGACAAUAUUAUUCACCUAUUUUCAGUAGUACAAUAUUCCAAACAAAUGUACAUUCAUUUGAGAAACAUGAUCGACUACUUCACUAGAAAUGAACAUUAGGAGACUGCAAUUCUAGUAAAAAAGUAAAAUACAA